UGCAAAUUUGCAUUUCCUCAAAGCAAAAAGAACCCUAUCCCCUCUUCCCUUCCCACUUGCUGCUCAAACUACUUCUUCCGCCUUCCGGUGGUUUUCUUGCUUUUAAUCAAUCAGAGCAUUUCUAUCCCUCUAUGCCUCCCCGCAAGAAGACCUCCGUCAAGCGGCCUCGCGGCAAGAGACCCGUCAAGCAGGAAACCCAUUACCAGAUCCUCUCCGUGAAACCAUCCGCGACCUACCAAGAAAUCUGUGCCGCUUACCUAUCAGCGACGUCGAACAACCCCACGGACUCCGCCAUCGUCGCAGAUGACGAGAAAUCUCUCCGAGUCCAGAGAGCAUUUCAAGUACUGAGCGACACCCAGUGGCGAGCAGAGUACGACAAGGAGCUCCGGACGGCGAGGCGGCGGCGAAAUGCCAGAGUGAUUGAAGAUGUCUGUCUCUUAGGCAUGGUGCCUUUUGUGGACGAGGAAAGAGGGGAAACCAUAGAACUUAUUCACCAGUGUGACUGUGGGGAUUAUUUCUCGGUGGAUUCUGUGGAACUGCAGAAGUUGGGGUACAAACUGUGCAAGGAUAGUGACCAUGUGUGGUUUCAGUCGCCGGAGGAGCCGGCCAAGGAGUACACCUCCUCCUCCCCCGAUUACGACGACGACGACUGCGACCUUUCUUUCGGAUUCAAGUGCCUGGGGUCGGUUGUUGUACCUUGCGAGCACUGUAGUCUGGGAAUUCGGUUGUCGAUUGACACCGGACUCAAAGCUGAAUAUGGCAGUUGGUAGGCUAUAAGUAACUUGUGGGUCUAAGGUCUUGUGAGGUCUGGUUGUUGAUUGGCAUGGGAAUUAGGCUCCCAUGUGUUAGAAUAUGAGUUGAGUACAAUGCAUUGUGUAACUUAGUUGUUCAAAUGUCUUAGAACGAUGUGUAUCUGUAGGUUUGAUGUGAAUCGGUUGAGAGUUCAAUGUUCCAUUUGUUCCAACAAAAUUUCAACAAGAAAGCUUUUUUUUUUUACUUGGAAAGUUUAUGUGACAUGAUUUCUUGAAAAAAGGGUCGGCCAAUGGUGUUUGGGGUUGGGGAUAUUGCAAAUAGGGCUCAGUCUCUAUCAGGGGAAGAUUAAAGUUGGAGUCUUUUCAAGCUUUUGAAGGUGGAUUUCAAGUUCCCUAAAAGUGGGGUGGUGGAAAGCUUUGUUCUUUGUUCUAGCUGAUCCAAAUCUGCCAAAAUCAUUUCUAAAAGGGGAAAUGGGUUGUGGAGAAGGAAGGUCUGAGCAACCUUGCAGCGCGUUUGAUAGGAUCAAAGCAUCAAACAUUCUCAUCUGGCCUAGAAGCACUUAUGACUGAGGUCGACUGCUCGACUCGACUCUGUAGCCGCACAACUUGAAUUGCAGUAACGGCUUUAAUCAGCCGCCGAUUGUUGCAGCUUCACAAUAUGAUGCCUGUGUCGCAGAUGAGGUUUAUAAGGCUGGUUGUGAAGCCUUUGCUUGCAGGGAAGAUUGAUGAUGCUCUUCAUUCGUGGACUAUCUCUCACUCCAAGUGUCCUCAAGAGAAGACAUAUGUUGUUGCCAAGCUUCAGUCCCUCAUUUCUCUCCAAGCAACUUCAUAAAUCGCCUUGUUGGAGAUUUGAAAACUUCUAUCGGUAUGCUUAGGGCCUUUGGUACGUAUGCAAUCUCAAUGAUUGUUGCAUGUUGCCUGUCCACUACAAUGUACAUGUUUGUUAUUCUUGGUGUUUAAUGUUGUCCUAGAAUCCUAGUUGUUUCAUGUUUGGCUGAUGGCUUGUACAUAUGGAUUAUGAUUAUGACAAGAAUAUGUUGUUUGGCUGUGGAAACACGGAUAUCUAUUGUUAUGGUCUUUCUAUCUCAUUAUUAUUUGUGUUCUGGCAAGAUUUUUAUCUCAACGAACUGCACCUUAACCAUCUAUGAACCCAAUGAGCCUUACUCCUUUCAAUCUUAAUCUCUAAUUAUUGUAUCUUCACAUCCUGUAGGGUUCAAAGUGUUGUUGUUGCUGGUUCAUAAGUAGGCUUACUGCUUUAAUAAACCCUUUCUCUUUCUCACACUUGGUGCUUCUGCUGUGAGAAUUAACAGAGGAGUUAAAAUGUAAAGGCAUCAACAAAUGUGGGAUUUAUGA